AUGUUGAGCUCGGAUGGCGUGGAUCAAGACAGGACCUCUGUCAAUGUAGUUGCUGCAACACAUCAGAGAAAAAAGCUGCUCAUCAUGAUCAAUAUUGACAAUUGUUUGUUCAAUCUUGAUGAAUCUCUCUAUAGAUUGUAUUGUGAAAAAUUCGGCCAAGACAAAAUUCCUUCUCCCGAUGCCAUGAUGGAACAUGCAUGUUCUUUCGGAUCACUGCCUAUCAUCCCGAGAGGAGAGCAAUACAAAUUAUGUGCCUUGUUGGUCGAAGAGAACUUUUUUGGUUUGGAUAAUUUACAGCUUCCCAAUGCGAAAGGAAUUUUACAAGAAAUUCAUCAAUACGAAGAAAAAUACAAUACCAUAGAUUUUCGAUUAUUUACAACUUUGAAUCCUCUCAGUUCAUCGAUUUAUUUCAAAUAUAUUGGCUCAGAAUAUCAUGGAGAACAGGUUGAGGGGAAGAAAGGUUAUUCAAAGCCUCCAACUCUUGCACAGGACGAUGUUUCUCGUUUAAUGACCUCUAAAAUGAAUUGGGUGCUCAAGUUGUUAGGUCAUAAGCGUAAUUGGAUGAAGAAGAUCAUGUUUUUGGAAGAGGAUCUUUCCCAUGACUCUUCUCCGAUUUUAAAUUUAGCUGAUAUUAUUGUACAGGCUUUUCCAUUAGUUUCCCCGCUGAAUCAUACUGAAAAACAUCAACAAAUAUUUAUUCUUCAAGGGCCAUGUAAUACAAAUUUUUUGAAAAAGUCAAAUGCUUGGAAGCAAUUGAUGACUACUAAUAAUGAAAAAAACUUACGAACAUUCCAUCGUAUGAAGGGAUGGAAAGAUUGGAAGAAGAGUUGGAAUUUAGAAUUUUCGCUUAAUGAUUUCUUAAAUAAGUUUCAAUCGACUCAAACUGCAGAUGCAGCGUUAAGCUCUUCAAAGAGCAGAGAUGGCCUCAACAUUGAGAUUCCUUAUUAUUUUCAUGGAUCAAAGGACUCUGUAGACACAGACAAGUUUUAUGUGUUUACUGAACAGCUGCCUCCAGAGAGCGAUUGUAAUUUAUUUAUCAGAUCUUCUGGUAAUGAGGAUAGAAAUUUAGUGGUCAUACGUAGAGACGAUUUUACCAAGUUGACAAGUGACAUGGAUACAGGAUACAUGGCUGACGUUUUUAAGGGCAUACCAGAUGAGGCCAAUAAUGCCCUGUUUACAACCUAUUUCUACCACAAACAAAAAUAUCCAUGUCCUAUUUCAGGAAGAGUAAGACGAUUAAUCCCCCUCAAAGUUUGCCAAACGAUGCUUAACUUACUUUCCAAAGUUAGAAGAUGUAAAGAAUGUAGAGCGACGGUCAUUAAGGCUCUGAACGUUCCUUCUUUUAAAUUGAAGAAAUUUACAUUGGAGUUGAUCGAUUUUACUAAAAUGACCAUUGACGAUAUUGGACUAGACGAUGUCAAAUACUGUGCUUUUAGAUUAGGCCAAACGUUGGCACUAGUAACGAAGGGCUGUGAGUUGUACACUAAAAAAGAUAUAGCCGAUUUCUAUCAUGACCUGCAACCAUUACUGUAUCGUGACGAAACGUUGAGCCAUGAACAAAAACUGGAUACGCUUCAAAGAUAUAAGAACUUAUUUUUGGAAGAAAUUGACUGUGCUGUGUCACAACGCUAUUCCCAUUUGAAUAUUUUAUUCUUGGAUAGAGAAAAGCUGAGAGAAAAAAACAUGAACUACUUUUAUUUGCAGUGCAACGGAUUUAUUAUUGAUUUGAAGGACAAGGUGAUGCGAUGCUUGUCGUAUGGAUUGGAUGACUACUCGGUCAGUACCACCCUUAAAAAAAAAGAAAAAGAACAGAACGAGCCAUCAUAUUGGACUUUUGACGAUAGCGUGUACGAUACGUACGAAUCAACAGACUGUAAAGAACCAAAAGACACCACAAUACCCAUUCAAAUUUUUAUUUCUAACAGAGAACAAGAUAAGGUAGAUCACCCUUACUUUGCUUCCUUACUGGACUCUAUUUAUGAGGAUGAAGAUGAAAGAAAUGGUGUGCCAGUGAGUGAGGCGAGAUUAUCAGAUCCAAAACAGCAAUUAUCAUUGAAGCUGUUACAGAUUUUAGACACGAUCAAGCAGCAAGACAAUAAGAAUAGCGAUAAGAAAAUCCAUGCAUUGUGCGAGCAAGUUCUUUUGCUCGAUUUCACAAAGUAUUUUUACGUAUUCAAAUUUGACGCUCAGCUUGAAAAGAUUGUUGACAUCUUGCACAUGAGGUCAAAGUUGACGAAUCUUCCUGUGGAUUUAUCUGUUGUGGAUCAUUACAGAAAGCUGAUUUUAGGUAUAGACUGA